CUUCUGUUAUAUCAACCAAAUCAAUGAAAAUGUAUGUGGACAGGAUGAAAAUAUGGAGAAAUGAAACAUCACAGCUGUUUGACAUGCGAACAGUCAGGCUGAAGUUCGUUUUGGUUAUUUUUUGGCUUAUUGCAGGUGGUGAGUGUGAAACAGUAACUGUUCAGACUGGUGGAUCUGUUAUUAUUCCAUGUCAUUAUGAAAGUAAAUACACCCAACACAAGAAAUACUGCUGCUAUAAUUCAUUAGGAUCUUACCAUUUCUGCUCUAUUCUGGCAUAUGCAAAUGAAACCAAAGGAGACGUGUCAGUAAUUGAUCAUCCUGAUCAGAGUUUAUUUACUGUCACUAUGAGAGACCUGCAGGAUCAAACCACUGGAUAUUACUGGUGUGCUGUGGAAAUUGAAGGUUACUGGGAUGUGAACGAGAGGUUUUAUCUCAAAAUUCAAUCAGCUCCUGAUCUCUCUGUGAUGCCCAGCAGUGUAACUGUAGAUGAAGGUGUUAAUAUCAGUCUACAGUGUCUCUACACUUCUACUUAUAAGAAUAAACACAAACAGUUGUGCAGAUAUAAAGACAAGAGAUGUUACACAGUGGGAAGAUCUGGCACAUCCCAGUAUUUAGUUGAGAUCAGUGAUGAUAGGAGAGGAUCUUUGACUGUGGUGAUGUCUGGACUGAUGAAGAGUGAUUCUGGCUGGUAUUACUGUUCUGUUGGAGAUCUACAGGUUCCUGUGCAACUAACAGUCACUGUCUCUGAAGAAGAUUUACAGACUCCUGAUGAAUUCACUGUUACUGAUGCAAAAUCAGUGGUGACUACAGAUAGCAGCAGCUCAACAAAAGACACAAGACACAUAGAGUAUGAUGGUCUGAAGAUGUGGCUUCUACCCAUUGUUCUGCUUCUGCUGCUGAUUCUGGUUACUGUGACAUCUGUAAUGCUGAGAAAGAAUUGCAGGAGAAAUAACAAUCACAUCUCAAAUGAAGAAAGAGACAAAGCAGGUGAUGAAGAUGACUCAGUUAAUUCAUUCCCAGUUAAUCCUGAAUGUGAUGUGACGUACAGUUCUGUCAUUAAACUUCCCAAGACUAAAGCAUGUGAACCAGCAGAUGUAGAGGAAAAUGUGAUCUACAGCUCUGUGUGUGAAUAGGUGUUUAAUCUGGAUUAAAUACCUGAACUAAAUAUGAACACAGAUGCAAGAGCUUGCAAAACAGCAACACAGAUAAAGCUUUUACAUUACAGUAAAAUUAUAUUUGGUUUGUUGAAUUGUUGUCUUAUGACAGACAAGUUUCCCAGAAUGCAUUUCACGUCAACGACAAUGAAACUUAAAACCUGCACAAUAUUAGAAAUAUUACUCUUUCUGUGUCAUAAAAUGUAGUUUUAAGAGCUGUUUAGUCGAGAAUAUAGAUGAAUAAAUAUUCAAAUAUAUGGUCAGUUAGUAAAGAUAGCGCCUAUAUUAAAACUUCCUUUCAGAUAUGUGAGUUCCAGGGAAUCAGCGAGUGGUCAGCGGCAUAUACACCGACGAGGGCAGCCUCAUCUCGGCAAGUCCUUCUGAAAUUUGCUGCGAUCUCAGUGUAGCUGCUCUGCCUUCCGGUGUCUGAUGGUCAAACAUAAAAAAGCAUCAUUUAUUUCUCUUUAUUAUUCAUAUGAACUCUGUUAUUUGUUAUUAUCCUUUUAACUGAUGCUAAAGUUAAGUUUCAUAACUUUAAUCACAUAUAUUUCUAUCUAUGAUUUUUAUAUAAUCUUAACACUGUAGUAAAUUUCUGCAAUUUACUUUUACUG